AUGCUCGACGAUUCAGUUUCUGAAAUGAUGAUUUCUUUUUCUUUCUUAAAACAGAUAGGCUUCUCAUAUGACUUCAUGUUGGAGAGUACAUUCACUGGCUAUCUUAUACACUGUAAGGGGUGGACUUCUGUAUACAAUUACCCUAAGAGACCAUCUUUCUUGGGCUGCACCGCCAUUGAUGUGAAGGACGCUAUGGUUCAACUGAGAAAGUUUAAUUCUGCUCUCCUCCAAGUCACUCUCUCGAAAUUCUGCCCUCUCUCUUAUGCAAUGCCCAAGAUGUCUAUUCUACAAACUAUGUGUUAUGGGUACCUCACAUUCCAGCCUCUCGCCACCCUCCCAUUUCUCAUACUUGGCAUUGUUCCCCAAUUUUGCUUCUACAAAGGCAUCAUUCUCUAUCCUAAGUUUACAAGUCCAUGGUUUGCGGUAUUUGCGAUUAUAUGGGUGUCUUCACUUCUGCAACACUUACACGAGGUGGUGUCCGGUGGAGACCCGUGGAGGACAUGGUGCUAUGAACAACGAAUUUGGAUCAUAAAGACAGUGACAGGAAGCUUAUUUGGAUGUCUUGACGCUGUUAUGAAAAAGAUUGGCAUCACAGCAACAGUUUUCAGGUUAACGAACAAAGCGAUUGACAAAGAGAAGAUGGAGAAAUAUGAAAAGGGAACUUUUGAUUUCCAAGGUGCUGGGCUUUUCAUGGUUCCUUUGGUUAGUCUUGUCUUAUGGAACCUGGUUUGUUUCAUCGGUGGAGCUUGGAGAAUCAUCGUUAAUGGGGGUUUUGAUGAUAUGUUCGGACAAUUUUUACUCUCAACCUUCAUCUUAGUCCUCAGUUACACUACUCUGAUUGAAGGGAGACUGAGAAGAAGAGGCUAG